AUCCGCUCAUCCAAAUUCUUCGAAAAGUAAAAUCAGUCAUUCAAGAGAAUCUCUAACUAGUGCUUGUGGUAAAGGUGGAACGGUCAGUCUCUGUUCAGUGGUUUCAGUGUGCGGCUAGAGCAAAUCAGUGAGCAGCAGCAAAAUGGCGUCAAUACUGCGAAAAUCCAGCCUGGUUCUGGCGGAACUCGCUGCCAAAUCAUCACCUCGGGUUUUGGCGACCGCCGGACAGCGGCGGAAUCUGAACGUGCAGGAGCACGUCUCGUACAGCUUCCUCAAUGAGGCCGGCAUUCCGACGCCAAAGUUCGGUGUGGCCACUUCCGGUCAGGAAGCGGAAAAGAUCGCCAAAGAACUGAACACGAAGAACUUGGUGCUGAAGGCGCAGGUUCUGGCUGGUGGACGCGGCAAGGGAACCUUCAAGAAUGGCCUCAAGGGUGGCGUGCGAGUGGUGUUCUCACCCAAGGAGGCCCAAGCUAUUGGUGGCAAAAUGAUCAACCAGCUGCUGGUCACCAAGCAGACCGGUGCCGCUGGACGGAUCUGCAACUCGGUGAUGGUGGCCGAGCGCAAGUUCCCCCGUCGUGAGUUCUACUUUGCCGUGAUGAUGGAGCGUGCGUUCAACGGUCCCGUCCUGAUCGCGUCUUCGCAGGGUGGUGUCAACAUUGAGGAAGUGGCCGCCGAAAACCCGGACGCCAUUGUCUACGAACCCAUCGACAUCAAAGCCGGUCUGCAGAAGAACCAGGCCUUGGCCAUCGCCAAGAAGGUUGGUCUGGAAGACCACGCCGAAGAAACGGCCAAAAUGCUGCUCAACAUGUACGACCUGUUCGUCAAGAAGGAUGCCCUGCUGAUUGAGAUUAACCCGUACGCCGAGGACGCCGGAGAAACCUACUUCGCCCUGGACGCCAAGAUGCGCUUCGAUGACAACGCCGAGUUCCGGCAGAAGGAGCUGUUCGCCAAGCGCGAUCUCAGCCAGGAGGACAAGAAGGAGGUGGAGGCGUCCAAGUUCGACCUGAACUACAUCGCGCUGGAUGGGUCGAUCGGGUGCAUGGUGAACGGCGCCGGGCUGGCGAUGGCCACCAUGGACAUCAUCAAGCUGCACGGCGGCGAUCCGGCCAACUUCCUGGACGUGGGUGGCGGCGCCACGGUCAACGCGGUCCGCGAGGCGUUCAAAAUCAUCACCUCCGACCCGAAAGUGCACGCCAUUCUAGUCAACAUUUUCGGCGGUAUCAUGCGGUGCGACGUGAUCGCCGAGGGUAUCAUCCAGGCGACGCGCGAGCUAAACAUCAAGAUGCCCAUCAUCGUGCGUCUGCAGGGAACCAACGUGAACGAGGCCAAGGAGCUGAUCAAAAAGUCGAAGCUGCGCAUCCUGCCCAAGGACGAUCUGGACGAGGCCGCCAUGCUGUCGGUUCACCUGGCACAGAUUGUGCACCUGGCCCGCGAGGCCCAUCUGGACGUGAGCUUCGAGCUGCCCGAGAGCUACAUUCACUAAAUUUGUUCAUUUCUGGACACCGCAAACAAAUAACAAAUGUUCGGGUCGCUUCCGAAAUUCAUCAUCCUUAUUUCAUUAUUACGCUCCCCUUUCGAAUUAGUAGCGCUUCGGUUCAAAAGUAGUAAGCGAAAAGAAAUUUUUGUCAAAAACGCGCUGAAAAACUAGCAGAACAACCUUUGAAAACAGUUCAAUUCUAUCUCAAAUUUAGUUACGCGUACAUCCUAAUUUAUUUAAGACAGGCUAAGUGACGUUGAUUUGUUGAGUUCUUUAUAGCUAUUCGAGAUUACCCUUUUUAGUACGGACGCGUGGACAUUAAACAAACUAGCAAACUUAAACGAGCCUCACAAGCCCGAAAGCAAAUAUUAACGAAACUAACUAAGCAAAAUACACCACCACAAUCUUACAGAACUUGGACAUGAAUGUUUAAUCUAUUGCACCCUGCACAGACAAGCUUAAGCAACUGCACCGUAUAAAGAAGAAGCACAACAUCAAAAAAUGAUAAAGACAACAAGAGCACCGUAUCUUAUCCGUUUUAGCUAAUAACCCUUUCGCGAAACCAGUCACCGCCUAUUGGUCGACAGCAUACUCUGUAAGUCAAAACUCUACUAGCCAAUGCACUACCCUGCGCUAGGUAAAUUUUGUUUUUCUACUACAAUUGUGAGUGUGAGUGCAAUGAUUUAGUUUUUCGGUUUCCAAAUUAAACUGCUGUUUCUUCGAGUGAAAAAAAAUGCGAAAAGAAUUGCUAGCCUUAAAAUGCCCCGCUGUUGGAGGACGGAAAAAAUAAAGAACGAAAGAACAGGUUUACCCAAGGAACACAAUGGUGCGAUGAAUUGGACUUGCUAAUACUACACACAAACACACUAUCGUAACGAGCGCGCGUAUGUUUACACGUGUUUUUUAGAAUAUUUGUAUAUUUAUUUAAAACUGAGCCAAUGUCAUGUUGUUAUGGUAAGACGAAUAAAGUAAACCAAACAUUA